AUGCAAAGGAUAGCAUUUGCUGGAAAAUCAGGGGACUUAUGCAGGAAGGUGGAAAGCAUUGGGCAGAAAAUUGCAAAAAAAUACAAGGGGUUGCCACUUGCUGCGAAGACUAUGGGAAGCUUGUUACGGUUCAAAGAUACCGUACAACAAUGGCAGAAUGUUUUGGAUAGUGAGAUAUGGCAAUUAGAGGAAGCGGCCAUGGAACUUUUCCCUCAUUUGUAUCUAAGCUAUAACGAGUUGUCCCCGGAGCUGAAACGUUGCUUCUCCUAUUGUGCUGUCUUUCCCAAAGAUCAUGAGAUAGAUGUAGAAGAGCUUAUUAGGCUGUGGAUAGCACAAGGUUAUGUUCACCCAAGACGAAGAGGUGAGCGCUUGGAGCUGGUGGGCCUUGAGUACUUCAACAAUUUGGCAAUGCGUUCCUUUUUUCAAGAAAUACAAAAUGUUAAAUAUUACUAUGGGUUUUAUGGGUUAACUGAAUAUAUGCAGUGCAAGAUGCAUGACAUAGUGCAUGAUUUUGCACAAUUUCUCACAAAAAAUGAAUGUCAUGCACUUGAUGGAACUGGAAGAAAUUCAUCUAGUGAAAGACCACGUCAUCUAACAAUUUUGGAAGAAGGCACUGAGGAGGAGAUGUUUAGUUCUCGAGUCGUUGAUUUUGGACGGCUCAGGAGCUUUUUAACUUUUCAUAGAUUUGGAAGAGUAGUUCCCCAAAAUCUGUUCUGCCAUUUGAAGUGCGUGAGGACUCUGACUUUAUGUCAUUGUGGGCUAGCUGAAAUCCCAGCCAAGAUCGGAGGGUUGAUUCAUCUUCGGCACUUGGACUUAAGUGAUAAUCCUUUCGUGGCACUGCCAGAAGCUAUAUGUGAUCUAUAUUAUCUGGAAACUCUGGAUAUCACUUUUUGUGAUAAGCUUUCGAGCCUUCCUGAAAGGAUUGAAGGCCUUGUAUACUUGAGGCACCUUUUCAAUGAGAUGACCGAUGAAUUACGUCAAAUUCCACAAGGACUCGGGAAGCUGACAUCACUUUGUACUUUGUCUCGGUUCAUCGCCAGGAGCAACUCUGAUGAUUUGGCAAUUCUGAAGGACCUAAACCAACUGGAAAGAUUGCACAUUGUAACUGAAAGAGAAGUAGAUUUUGGGAGUGCGGAGUUCGGAAAGAAAAUCAACAUGCAAACUGGAACGUGGGCUGCUGGGACAUUUGCACCAAUGGUACGUAAGCUUAGAGGCUCCGUCUCCUUAAAUACUGGUACAAGCCGAAAGCUUAGUCACCAGGGCGAAUCCACAAUUCAGUGA